GAUUAUCGGUGUACACGAGGAAAUACUUAUAGGAAUGUGGUUGUCUUUUUCAAAGACGUCAAAACACAGAGCACGUGCUUUUUGGGGAUACACAAAUUGACGAUUUUUUUAACUUUUCACUUUGAGACGGACGCGAGUUUGGAUAUUUGGAUUUUUCUUUGUCGUAUAAAAUACAUGCACGUAUUUAAUUAUUCUCUCGACGGACUAUAUACAUGAUGGACAUCACUAAUUCGACACCAGACACCAGUCCGGACCAAAAACCGGAAGUGUUAUGUCUGGUGUGCGGUGACAAAGCUUCCGGGAAGCACUACGGCGUUCAGAGCUGCGACGGCUGCCGGGGGUUCUUUAAGAGGAGUAUCCGCCGGAACCUGGAGUACGUCUGCAAGGAGGCCGGAAAUUGCGUAGUGGAUGUGGCGCGCCGGAACCAGUGCCAGUCGUGUCGCUUCAAGAAAUGUCUUCAAGUGAAUAUGAAUAGAGAUGCCGUGCAGCACGAGAGGGCGCCUCGCAGCUUCCAGUUCCGGCGGGAGGGAUACGACGGCUCCCGGGCGGCAGACGAUAGACGGUCGCCGUAUCCGUACGGAGAGUACCUCGACCGGACAAGAUCGGAGUACCGUCAAUCAAACCAACACAACUCUCACGUAAACAUCUCAACUGAAUUCCCUUUCGUAAGCGGCCUUUCGAACAGGGUCGGCGUAACGGAAACACCCACAGCCAUUUUCCGGCCGUUGACCCACCGGAUGUCGCCACCUGGUUCUGGCUACGAAUCACCCGCUGGAUUUCACUUCAAUGGCGUAUAUCCGACGUUCCAUCACCACCCCGCCGCCGCCCACCUGCAGCCACAUCCUACACAUUCAGUUUACCGGAACAUCCUCUCACACAAAGGCCGCUACGCAAACGUUAACCUUGCGACUCCCUUGUGGCCUGAUUACGGCGGACGCUCUGAACGCUCGGAACCGCCAUAUCCUAGCAGCGCCGACGGCGACCACGAGAGGCCGAGGAGCUCCGGCGAACCGGCGAGAACCGCAUCGAGCGACCAGACAAGCGUCUCCUCGGCAGAGAUGAAGAGCGAGCGGACGGACGGCGGAUUGGAAGCUGAGACGAUCUCAGUUUCUCGAUCGCCGUCGCCGCAGAGUUUUCAGGGAGCAAGCCCCCAGUCAAAUGACACGAGCAUGCCCGAUUUCAACUCGUCGUCCGACUCCAAACACUCGUCCGGCUCCGAGAGCGAAGAUCAUAAGCCGAUCGUGGUGUCCGAAAAGUCACGUGGCGAUAGUCCGACGGUCAGCUCUACGGUGACCGCUUCUCACCAAGAUUCCCGCGGGUCACCGCCUUCGCAGCGUACGUCGUACCACCACCCGAGCGCCGGAGCCGCGCCCGUCGGCUUUGGCUUUCGGUACACCACGUUCGCGGAUGUCAACAUGAACAUGUACCCGCAUGCGCAGAGAGCUCCGGUGGAGCAGACGUACGAGGCGGCCGCCAAGUUGCUCUUCAUGUCCGUGAAAUGGGCGCGAAACAUCCCCUCCUUUCUGUCGCUGCCCUUCCGGGACCAGGCGAUACUUCUGGAGGAGAGCUGGAGUGAGCUGUUUAUCCUCUCCGCCGCCCAGUGGGCGUUGCCCUUGGAUAUAGUUGAACUUAUGGGCUCGCUGGGCUUCACACCAUCGGACCAAUCGGAGCGCGCAGUUCUACUGCACGCGCAGCUGCGUGCGCUUGUUGACGUUAUCAGCCGGUGCGCGGGUCACCGAGUGGACUCGACAGAAUACGCUUGUCUGAAGGCUUUGGUUCUAUUUAAACCAGAGAUCAAAGGACUGAGAGACGGUCUCCAGGUGGACGCACUGCAGGAUCAGGCCCAGAUAAUGCUCAGCGACUACUGCGUGGCGAACCACCCCGCCAACAAAGUCCGCUUUGGGAAGCUGCUGCUGAUACUUCCGGUACUGCGCGCAGUCACGCCGCGCUCAAUCGAGGAGGUGUUCUUCCGGCGGACGAUCGGCAGCGUCCCCAUAGAGAGGCUCCUGUGCGACAUGUUCAAGUCUUGUUAGAAACAGUUGAUUGCUCUGAUAUGCAUAUCGCAAAUGAAGUCCAAGGGAUAGGGUACUGGAGAGAUUUAUACUUUUGAGUGGAUAACCCACUAAGUCUAAUCAUCAUAUGUAAAGAAUGUAAAAACCGCCGGCCUGAAGUGAAGUUACCAUCCAAUAUAAAUGGUUCGGCGGUCCGGUAGAUGUCUACCGGGUAUUUUUGUUGACAGGAUUUUUUUAUAAGACUGGUUCUGAUUCACUUAAGUUGUUGGGCAUGAAAUGAAUCAAUGUUUAAUCAUCAGAAUAAUUACUUUUAUCCUGUUUCCUGAUAAUUUCUUACCCAAAAUUUUUUCCAUCCUUUGUUUUCAACCCAUGGAUUGUAUAUUGUUAACUUGUGUAGUACAUGCGAAAUAUGUAUUAAAUCGUAUCAAAUAUAUGGCAGAGACCAAUUAAGGAAUGGAACAAUAUAUUUAAACGUAAAUAUUUUCAUCAUCCGCCAUCUUUGAUACUUUUUGUGUAUUGUUGUUUGUUUUUCUCUCUUACACGACAGCAAUUACUACGUACUAAAGUAGGUUGUUGUUACUAUUUUAAACUGAUUUUUGUAAGGCGCACUGCAUUUUGGUGUAGAUGAUGGCGCGUUGUUUUGCCUCGAUACGCUUUACUAUCUCAAAUACAGGGAAGUGAUUGUGAGGCGUUUGGGUCUACUUUGCAAGUUGUUACAGUGUUCUCCCUUUGGAAGUUAUGUAAUUUUUAUAAACAAGGGAGCUAACUGUGAAUAGCUUGAAACUUUUCUGGUCACACUGUACCAUAAGUUAUUUUAUGAAAAAGCCACAAUAUUAACGCAAUAUAAAUUCAACAUUUUGCACAUAGACACCGCCAUAUCGAUUAUUUUAAAUGCCAUUCGAACUUAAAUUGGUUAAGCAAUAAUACGGAUAUGUCAUAUUGUAAGCAAGAACUAGCUUGACACAAAAACCAAAUCGAUUGUUUUUUACGUUCUUUGUUGAACCGUUUUCUAGUGGAACGUAACCCGCCUGAGCAGGGAUAUAUUCAACUAUUGUCUGAACUUAAUCGUAUUUCAGUGAUUUAGUGGUGUACACCUAUGCUUAACCAAUUAAUAUCUAGAAAAGAUAAAACCAGAACAAGUGUCUAAACUUGAAAAGAUUUCUAUGAGUAAAAUAUGAUUAUUUAUUUAGAGAGUAAAGUAUGACGCAAUUAUUUUGUGUAAUGUAUCCUUUUUCAAAGGUGUGAUGAUACGACCGUUCCUCGCGGCCAAAAGGGUCCCCUCCUUUAAGUUUUAUUUUAUGUAUUUUUCUGAUUUGCUUUUUCUUGCGCAAAAAGACUAACUGUACAAAUAAACAGGCUUUUUUUAAAUCUAUUUCACCAUGAGAACAUACAAGAGACAAAUACAUUUGUAUUCAUAUCGAUAAUGUAUGCUUCUUCCAUGCCUUUUACAAAUAUAGUUAAUAUUUUUUCUCAUGUGUGUGUUUCGCCUUGUGUGUUACUGAUGAUUUGUACUAAAUUAUUAUGGGCUUCUGUCUUUUCAUUGUUAUUUAUUUUGUGUUUGUUUUCAUUUUUCUUUGAUAUAAAAGUAUUAUACUUUUGUUUGUUUUGUUUGAUACACGGGUAUAAAAUGUUGUUUGGAACUGAUUAUUUAGCGAGUAAUUAAUGUUUGUAAAAAGGAAUGAUUGUUUAAAAAGACCGUAAGU